AAGCCGAUCCCGCCUGAAGCAGGACAGCCCACCGCGACCAAACUACGCCAAUUAUCCUCCUUCACCUCAGGCACCCCGACGCAAUGGCCCCAAUCUGACCCAACGACUCCCCGACAAGGUGCUCGCUAACAUCUUCUCUUAUGUCUGCCCGCACACCCAAGACUACACCUACGAGCCCUGCGAGCAGUCGCAGAUAGGUGACGGUUGUAUGCUCUGCGAUCUGCGAGACCUCUCACGAUGUGCAAUGACUUGUCGAAAGUGGUAUGCGACCGCACAACAACAGCUCUACACCAGCGUGCGCAUCGACGCCGUACACUACUGUGAGCUGGAGGAGAUUCUUGCCGAGAAGCGACGCAAAGCAUCGAAGGGUCAUUUCAGGAACAAGAGCGCCGUCGAGCCUGUGGAGGUGCCAAAUAUCAGGUUACAACUGUUAUGCAGGACCGUAAGAGAACAGUCUAACUUGGCUUCUCAGGCCUUGUUUCUCAAGAUACCAUACAUGACGCGCGAGACGGCCAAGGGCGACCUAGCUCGCACCGUCGCUGCGCUGCCGAACUUGCGCUACGUCGACCUGCCAGACGGGUUCUACAGUGGAGAUCCAACAUGCUUAGGGCUGCGCCAAGAGUUGCAGGCACGGUGUCCAGAUAUCAGAAAGAUGAUAUACCGGAGUGGCUCCGAAGAUGCCUUGGAACUGCUCGCACACAGGCAUUGGCAGGCCAUUGAGACCCUGGAGCUCGUGAAUCUAUCGGUAGAGCCAGCAACUCUACGUGUCGUGCUUGGUAGCCUCCCCACUCUGCGAGACUUGACUCUUUCCGACAUGCCAUGGAUUGAUGACAGCGUUCUCAUGCCUGCGCAAGGCCAGCUUCCCGACUUUCCGGCAGUACAAUUCUUGAGGCUGAAACAUACCCCGAAUCUGACCGCGCAAGGCCUCAGUGCAUGGCUGGAAGCGCCACACGUGCGGGAAAUGCUGUUCUCACUCAGUCUCGAUGAUACUGGUGUGACUAUUCAGGACCUCCACCAGGUCCUUUGGGAUGCCACCCACUUGUCACACCUGGCAGUUGUAGAGACAGUGUCUAAGUCGCUUUCUCUAGCUGCACAACAGCUACCACCUCUCUCCUCAAUCUCGCUAGCAACACUGCACUUCGAGAUCAGCAGCGCCGAAGAUGUACAUGGUCUACAAAAGCCGGCCGAGUCAUAUUACGCAUAUCUGGCCUCGUCGCUACACCAGAACGCGCUACCUGCUUUGACCACUCUCUACGUACGAGAUCAGAGCUUUCCUGAACUAUUACUGCUGCCCCCACUGCACAUGGGCCUUCCUGGCGGUAACUCUGACCGCGGAUCAUUGAAAAAUAAACCUAGCGGCAUGACAGCCAACUCGCUCAGCUCGCCCUUUCAAGGCGGCGGCUUCAACCAAACUCUCGAAGUCUUCUCCAAAGGCAUAGACGAGCUCGAGUGGGUCUUCACAUCCAUCACCCCCCAAAACAACCCCGCAGACAAACGAAGUAGUGUCAUUGCAUCAGGCGGCAGACCUAUCAGUGCGUAUAGUGCUGGGCGUGGUCUGGGACCACAAUGGGCACAAGGUGGAUUUGGUGGUGAGGCACGCAAGUCUGUUGUUGUCGGGAAUGGCUUUGGCGGCUUUCUGGCAGUGCCGCAAGAAGAAGCUCCUCGUCCCAGGACGUCGGAUGGUGCUGCUUCUCCUGGGAGGGGAUUUGGAAGUUUCGGCCAUCGAUCCGACCGGAGUAGUUUCCUGCCAGCACCUCCAAAGCUGUUCGGUGAAGGUGCGCAUCAGCGAAGGGGUAGUAAACACGACUUGUGGCGUUGAAAGAUUGGCAUUUCACGGAGGACGGGAGCUUGAGAAUUAUCGUGUGUGUGUGGUGGAGGGGUUGGUAAUUAUGACGAGAAUCGAGUAAUGGAUGGCGGCUGGGCCAUAAGCUUAUUUGACGGAUGACACGACUACAAAGGCAUGUAAGCUGGAUCUGCUUGCUUUUGGGCGAAGGACUCAUCGGACGUUUAGACCACUACCAACCUUGGAAGGACAAGGUAGGGUAUAUGGAAGUACGAGAGAAGUGGGACACGGGCUUGUUGUUUCCUUGCGUAAGGUAUGACGGCAAACCAUAUGGAAUGAGUGAGAUACCCGACAAAAUAUAUCUGAAUAUUUUGCGAUUUGAAGAGUUGAUGACCC